GGAAGAAGCAGAAUGAUUACCAAGUACGCAUGCGCAACAUAUGUUCACUGUAGAUUCUCUUUUACCAAAAGGUAUUUCUUCUACUGAGUGAGUGUAACUUUAUGGCCAAAUACAUGAGGCCCCCAAACACGUCUUUGUUCGUCAGAAACAUCUCCGAUGAGUCCAGGCCUGAGGAUAUACGGCGUGAGUUUGGCCGCUAUGGGCCGAUAGUGGAUGUCUACAUCCCACUUGACUUCUAUACACGUCGAUCAAGAGGAUUUGCAUACAUUCAAUUUGAGGAUGUGCGUGAUGCAGAAGAUGCCCUUCACAGCCUGGACAGGAAGUGGGUUUGUGGCCGGCAGAUUGAAAUCCAGUUUGCCCAGGGUGACCGAAAGACCCCAAAUCAGAUGAAGACGAAGGAACGAAGUUCUCCGGGCAGAUCGUCCCGCCACGACGACCACGAUCGGGACGGCCGGCGCAGACGUUCGCGCAGCCGCAGCUACGACAGACACAGAUCGCGCAGCCCUUCUCACGAUCGCCACCGCAGGCGGUCCGAGAGUCCUCGCGAGUCCCGUGGACGGGUGUAUGGAGGAAGAAGCAGGAGUCGCGAGGAUGAAAGAUACAGACAGAGGCCUCGGAGAGAGUCCAGAGGGAGAUCCCGCUCCCGCUCCAAAUCCGUGUCUCCGCGAGAAGCCGUCAACCCGGCAUCGACUUCCCAUUACACCGAGGAAGAAGUGCGACGGACACACACUCCAUCCCGCUCCAGGUCCCGGUCCGCGUCCAAAUCCCGCUCUCGGUCCCGCUCUCGGUCCCGAUCCUGGGCUGGACGCAAGUCGGGGGGCCGCUAGAAAAGUACCUGCUCCCUCCGCCCCCUUUCUAUCCGUCGUUGUGUCAGAUUCACCAGAGCUGGUGCGUCUGGCGAGAAGUGUUUGUUUUGACAUGAAUGUAACGUCCACUGAAGCAUUUAUAGAAAGCUUGUUUUUGCGGCUCCAUUUCAAGAAGAAUAAUGCUGGUCCUUUGCUUGGUUUUAUCCAAUAGUAUUGGUGAGAUUUCCUGAUUUAGAAAUAUGAACCAGUCAGCGGUUUGUGUGUUCAGUGGUAGUCGGGCAGGAAUAGUUGUCUUUUUUUAUACACAUUUACUGAGGUUUUUGUUUUCUAAACCCUAUGCACCCAUUUUUGCAAAAAAAAAAUAACAUUCAGUAUUUUAAAAUGAAUCCAGUCUGUUAGCGAACCAAACCAGCGUUUCUGUGUGUUUUAUGUCAAAUCGUGUACUUUUUAAUCUACCUGCCGACCUUUCUCCAGAGGUGUUUUAUGUUUUUCUUCACUUCUUUCAGCCACCGGUGUGCAUUUAUUUUACUAUAUGAAAACAAAUAUUCUAAAACUCAAUUCAGAGAAUCUGUCACAUUGAACACCUGUACUGACAAAGUAGCAGACUGUAUUUUUAGAUGCACUGCUGUACCCCCUAUACACAAUUGAGGGGGGGGUGAAUAAUAAGAAAAUUAGUCAAUGACCACCUGGGAGAAAAACAUUUAAAAAAAUGAUGUGACGGAUGUGGUCUGUGUUGGAAAAAGAUGAGUAUACACAAGUAUUGAGACUAAAACACACAGGAACACUGCUGUGGUCCGGAAGUGUAAGAUGUUGUCGACAUGUGACUUUCACCACAAACUGUUAAACAUUUACAUUAAUCUGUUUUAUUUUUGUGGUGGUUUCUGUAUGAUUAGAACUCUCUUUUUUUUUUUAAAGGUAUUUUAUUUUUGUAACUUUUCUCCCAAAUUUCAGUUGUGAGAGGAGCAACACGCUCUCGUUGGUGUUUGCACGACUGUGUUGCUGGUUUUUCAGAAUGAAUCUUGUCCCUGCAUGUUUGUUCUCUUAUCUUCUACCUUUAGUAGGAAGACAACUCUUAUUUUGAGUAAUAAAUGGAUAACAUUUAGUAUAAGGAAA